AGCACACUUGCUGCCUUCUGUGCUUUGUGUCACAGAAUUGUGGCAGAAUAAUUCAGACUAAGAGCAGGAAGACACCUGCAACAUGGACAUAAGAAGGAGGAAAUGCCAUCGUUAUGGGGGGUUAAUUUUCUCUCUUCUCAUCUUGUACAUAGUGGUCCACUACCUCCUGUACCCAGAAUGGUGGUGGAGGUCGCCUGCUCUACUACACCUUAAAGGCGAAAACACAACCGUCAUUUUAGUAUGGUACUGGCCCUUUUAUAUGCAGAUCAAACAAAACCCAACUGUCUGCAACCACUAUGGCAUACGUGACUGCCUACUUGUGACCGAUCGGGCUUGGUUCCCCCAUGCAGACUUUGUGGUGUUCCACAACCGGGAGCUGGUUGGAGGUGAGGAGUUUCUGCCGAUCCACCUUCGCAGGCCCCGUGAGCAGCGUUGGGUAUGGUUGUCCCUGGAGAGCCCAGAUCAUAAUGGCAACCUGCUGUGGUUUUCUGGCUUUUUCAAUGCCACCAUGUCUUACCGUCGCAAUGCCGAUUUUUAUGUGCCGUACGGAAGGCUGGUGCCAAGAACUGUGAGAGGGUUGGGAGUCGAUGACUUCAUACCAAAGAAGAAAUCGGCACUGGCUUGUUGGGUGGUCAGUAACUACAUGGAGGAACAUAGGAGAACUUCUGUGUAUCAACAACUUGCGGCUGUUGUCCCAGUGGAGGUGUACGGGAGUGGCAUAGGCAGGCCCCUUUCUUCAGAGGACCUGCUGCCCACAAUAUCUCAAUGCUACUUCUACCUGUCUUUUGAGAACUCGAUGCACAAGGACUACAUCACAGAGAAGUUCUGGAAAAAUGCCCUACUGGGCGGUGCUGUGCCCGUGGUGCUGGGCCCGCGGAGGGAGGAAUACGAGGCUGUGGUGCCCAAGAAUGCCUUCAUCCAUGUGGAUGACUUUGACUCUGUGAAGAAGCUGGGAGAGUUCCUCCUCAACCUGGCCAAAGACAAACAACGUUAUGCCUCAUACUUUACCUGGCACUUAAACUACACUGUGAAUCGUUUUAAUGAUUGGCAAGAGGAGUUUUGUAAAAUUUGCCCACAGGCUGGCAGCCUUCCGCCUCAAAAAGUGUACGAUAAUGCGUACUUGUUGGAGAUGUAGAGACAAGGUGCCCAGGUGUUCACAAGGGGAUUGUGUUGAUGUGCCAGCAGGCCAACUGGUUUUCAUUGAAAUUAAAUGUACAUCACAAUAUUCUCUUUACGCUUUGUUCGUAUGAAUACAAAACUGAACAUUUCCUUUCAACGGUGCAUAAGGUGUGUGA